GUGUUUCCGGAAGCUGCUCACUGCUUAUGUACCUAUCACAUGACACACAAUUUGCGUAAACAUUUUCGUAUACACACAGCCGAAGUGAAAGAAGCAUUUGUUGCAGCAGCGAGGGCAUAUACGGUCGAGGAGUAUAAUAAACAUAUGUCCGAUAUUGAAAAACUAAAUCCGCGUGUUACGCCUUUCCUGGAGGGUAUUGGAAUACACAAGUGGGCUCGUGUUCAUUGUCCAAAUAAUAGGUUUUUCACAAUGACCUCAAAUGCAGCGGAAACAAUAAACUCGGCCAUUAGAGAUGUGCGUGAUCUUCCAAUAACAACAUUGUUGGAAUCAUUACGAGCUCUACAACAAAAGUGGAAUGUGGCAAAUCGGGAUGAAGCAAAGUCAACAUUCACCACUCUAACAAAAAAAGCACACAGAAUGCUAGAGGAAAACUAUAAAUUUGCGUCUAUCCUAUCU